AAUGAACAUCGACAGUAUAUCUACGCCUUGAUUAUUAUAUUAACAGUCCCAAGCACUCCUUGACAUGUUAUAGUAAUGAGGCUUUAGAUGUUAUAAUUUUAUUUGCCUAGAUCUAUAAUAUUCAUGAAUAUCGUGAAUAUGAAUAUAAGGCGUAUUCAUAUUCACAUUAUUCGCCAAGACUUUAUUCAUAUUCGCAAAUUAUUCAUAUUAUUCAUAUUAUUCAUAUUAUUCGUAUUCGUUUCGGACCUCUAAGUCCUUGAUACCGACUGCAUGCCCGAGGGCCCUCCUGGAUCAUGCGGCGUCCCAUUUCGCAUCAGACUCAGAUCUCACGGAUAUACCAUUGCCGCCAAAGCCACCGACUUCACUCACCGCCUAAAACAUGAGGCUACCCUCUACGACGGCCUCCGUCCGAUUAAGGGCAGCGGCAUUGUGCCGGUUUAUUUGGGCAACAUCGACCUGAGCACUCCCUAUUACUACGAGGGAAUUGCGGAGCUUGAUCACAUGAUGCUCAUGAGCUUCGGUGGAGAGCUCCUAUCCACGCACCUUGCUAUCGAGAACCGGCCACGGAUUCUUCGGUUGGUUCGCUCUUCAAUCCGAGCGGUCGCUAGCCUCGGGAUCGUUCAUAAUGAUCUCGCGCUUCGCAACAUGUUGUGGAAUGAGGAGACCGGCAAAGUGAUGCUGAUUGAUUUCGAGCGGGCACAAUUCAUCGAGCAACGCUCCGCACUGGGCACUAUCUCGGCAAACCGAAAGAGGAAGAGAGGCCCCAAUGCGUGUGUGGCCAAGGGAGAGGUUCUGCAUCUGUGAAGGAAAUGCAGCAAGUGACCCUUGAGCUAGGCUCCUUGUGUGGCACCGUACAAUCGAUCCUUGUCUGGGGGCAAUAUGAUUAUGUUAGCUGCUCCUCGAAACCAGACCGGAU